AGCUGUAUUAGCGGAAGACGGGAUUCAGGCUUGUAGUGACAACUAGAAACAGCAAUAUGGGGAACUAGUCCAGGGAAGAGCGAUUGAAUUGGAUUAAACCAACAUUUUGCUCAGAUGGUAGAGACGCAGUUCAUAUCGCGUUGAUUUUAUUCUACACGUUCAUUAUUUUACUUAUCAGAGCACCAGAAUUGCUAAAGUAGCAUUUAUUACUAAGGUAGCCCACUUCAGCAAUGAGGGCUCUCUAAAUCGCCGUGUGUGGAAGAUACAGUGUUGCGAUAUACGUGAUAAUACGUAAUCGGAUCGACUGUUUUGCCGAAGAGUUCGUUUUUUCUCCUUUAAGGCAUCGCACACCAGCAAUGUUCUCGGAAAUAUUGGGUUCCUGAUGCCCAGUUUGAACUGACCUGUAGUCUUUUGACACCAGAAGAGAGAGAGAAGAUUUUCUGUGCACGUUCAGCAAAAGAUCAUCACUCUCGUGCAAAAGAGGUAUAAUGUCUUCCAGGGAGCGACGCUCUGAUCUGUACAUAAAGGCCGAACCCAGCAGUCCAGACGGAGGAGGUGGUGGUGGUGGUGGUGGCAGAACCAGCCCAGGAGGUGCAUCCUCAGACUCGUCCCAUAGCGGAGGAGGGGGUUCCAGAGGAGAUGGGACUGGACGCUACUCUCCGCCCCUUUACACCCCCGCUCUGCGAUGCCACUUUAAGGAGGAAGGUGCAGAUGGAGUCGAAGAAGGAUCUACCGGGAGCGCCGGUGGACGCUGCAAGUAUGCGCUGAGCACGCUUCCAAAAAGACUGUGCUUGGUGUGUGGAGAUGUGGCUUCUGGGUACCACUACGGAGUGGCUUCCUGCGAAGCCUGUAAAGCUUUCUUCAAAAGAACCAUACAGGGCAAUAUUGAAUACAGUUGUCCAGCCUCCAAUGAAUGUGAGAUCACCAAGCGCCGCAGGAAGGCCUGUCAGGCAUGUCGCUUCACCAAAUGUCUCAAAGUAGGCAUGCUCAAAGAAGGAGUCCGUCUGGAUAGGGUCAGAGGCGGAAGACAGAAGUACAAGAGACGCCCGGAGGUGGAGAAUGCCACAUACCAGAGUUCAGCAAUACCUUUAAGGAAGGAGGGAGAGAAAGGUUCAUCCAGCAUCAUCGUGUCUCAUCUGCUUGUGGCGGAGCCAGAAAAGCUGUUUGCUAUGCCAGACCCCUUGCAGCCUGACACAGCCCAGCGCACGCUCACCACUCUCUGUGACCUGGCCGACCGGGAACUAGUUGUCAUCAUCGGCUGGGCCAAGCACAUUCCUGGUUUCCUCUCCUUAUCCCUGGCAGACCAGAUGUCCGUUCUGCAGUCGGUGUGGCUGGAGGUGUUGGUGUUGGGGGUGGCUUACCGUUCUCUCGGCUGCGAGGAUGAGGUGGUGUUCGCCGAAGACUUUGUUCUGGAUGAGGAGAUGUCACGGGUGGCCGGCCUAACCGAGCUCAACGCGGCCAUCAGCCAACUUGCGCGCCGCUUCAGGGCCCUGCAGCUGGACCGCGAGGAGUUUGUCAUGCUCAAGGCCAUCGCUCUCACCAACUCAGAUUCAGUGUACAUUGAGGACAUGGAGGCCGUGCAGAAGUUAAGGGACCUGCUGCAUCAGGCUCUGCUAGAAAUGGAGAUCCAACGACGUCCCGAUGACCCACAGCGUGCCGGACGUCUCCUCCUCACCCUGCCGCUCCUAAGGCAGACGGCUGGCCGGGCCCUUACCACCUUCUACAGCAUCAAGACUCGUGGCGGGGUGCCCAUGCACAAACUUUUCUUGGAGAUGCUAGAGGCCAUGAUGGACUCACCAUAGAAGGAGGACAGCACUUGGAGGAAUGAAUGAGGAAAACAGGCAAAUUGUCUGCAGUCUUUUUUUGUGAUAGUGCUUUUUCUUGUGAAAAGACAGCGCAAGGGCUAAAAAAGCCAAAAGAAGCGAUUUGACACAAGGGUUGAAAAUGAAGACGACGCUUUGUGUAAUCAACUGUCCAAACUUCUACGUAUAAAAGGUUGUUAAUGUCAAAUUCUCCACCGUCAUUUGAUUUCACGAAACUCGUCAGAAAACAGUUUGGGUGGGACAAACUUUAUAUUUAUAUCAGUGUAAGCGGCACCGCAGGUUGUGUAAUUCAUUUUCCCACAUCAUGGCCAUCCUGUUUGCUCGAGAUAAGUGUUUAGAGAAGCUAACCAUUACUGUAAGCAUUACUGUAAACUCAGAGAAAUUUACGUGCCAAGGGCGUCUAUUGAGACUGCAGCAAUACGAACUCUUUCACAAAAUCACGUUAAUGGUCAAUUCUGUGAUAUCGCUUUGAUUUCUCAUUUUUGAAUGAAGGUCGCCCAUUGAAACAAACCGCAUGACAUGCACAGCAUGUCUUAAAACACAGUACUAUCACUACACUGAUAAUCCACAGUAAGCUUUCUUUAAUGUAAGUUAAUGCCCUCAUUACAAGCGUUUAAAUAUGCAAAACCGUUAAACAUAAGUGAAGACCAACAGGAGAGUUUACACAAACUGCUGUUUGUAGCUACAGAGGUCUUUAAGAAACUUAUUUCAGUUUACUGGUAUACACCGGUACAUUUACUACAAGCAAAUAUAGUGCAACAUGUAACAUAACGGAAAGCAAUAUGAAAGAUUUCAUAUAAUUAGUUUGAUGUCGGCUAUUUUUAUAAUGGCUACAUAUAGAAGCCAAUGCGCCUCCAGGUAUGUCCUGCUUGGAAUCGCAGUUUAGUUUUGGUGUAGUCCCAUAGCAAAGACGAUUAAAAAAACAAAUAAAAAUAAACGUUUAUAGAAACUAUACAUCACCGUCCUUUGUAUAUUUACCAGAUAACGUCAUCCUCUUUAGAUGUGGUUUGUGUGUGGAAUGUGAGAUUAUAGGUACUAUAGAUGCAAAGUGCACACGCUGAGCUGAACUGAACCGCAGGUGCGUCUAAAUCAGGGUAAAUAUGGAGUCUUUCGCUCCUGUAGGCCAGCUGACUACUACUUAGAUUUUAGCCAUUUUGCUGUGAGAUUUUCAAAUAGGUGGUUCAAAUCCAGUUUAAAAGAUACCGCGGGGCCUCAUCCGUGUCACAGAUCCUCAAUUCUUCCAUUGUCCCUGAUCAUAUGACACUGGCCCGCGAAGUGACCCAUUGAGCCAGCGCUGUUGGAAUCAUUCAGCUCGCAUUUGUUGCUUCUGCAUUCAGAAAGACUGAAAAAACGUUCAUUUGAGGAAAGAAAAAAAGAUUCCUUGCUGUAUUUCACCUGGACGCAGCGAACAGUCUCUGUCGGUUCAUUGAGGCAAAGAGCAACAUUAAAUGCAAAUGGGAAGCCCCAGAACGCGGGGUCAGAUCGAAACUGUACUUCAAUGAAGACGUUUGUUUGUUUUACUGCUGUGUGUGGUCUGUUUGUAGUUGUUUGUUUGCAGACGAUGGUCUGGUAUUAUAUGCAAUCAUACUCGGUUGAGUGCUACAACUUCGCUACCUUUUAUUUAUUAGACACAUUUUAAAACAAGGGGAAGAAAAGCCAGUUGCCAUUUUGGCCUCUUACCGAUUUAAGUACUAACAUUUGAAACCACUGUUGUACAUUCAGACCUCUGAGGCGAUGUCAUAUAGACUGUAUACUUUUAGCAGCAAUGAUUGUAUGUGCACUCUCAUAAUGGUUGACAUUAGCAGGAAUCAGGAUAAAACCACAUCCUGGACUUGAAAGGAUCUUCCAUGAUCUGUAACGUUUUCAGCUCAAGAAUAUUUUAGAUGUGUACAUCUUUAGAUAUCAAAUUUUAGUCAGCAAGUCACCACUGAAUUCUGGCUGACUUUGAUUUUGGUUUUUCAUAUAUACCGUGAAGCUUGGCCUCGGGUUUGGUAUCGAAAUAAAGCAAUCCAUUUGGGAGAAUGUUAUGAAAUGUGUUUUUUAUCUAAUUGUCUUUUUGAUUUUUUUUUCUUUUUGUAAUUAAAGUACUAAUUUUGCAAAGAACAUGAAAGCCAGUGGAAGUUAGCUGUAUAUUGUCUUUUUUCUUGUGAAACUUUAUUACAAUAUAGUAUUUCAGACACUAAUAUAAAAUACUGCAAAACUUGCUCUUGCUCCCUUAUUUUUUUCUGACUCGUGUAAUACUCAAACGCCGCCAGUCUUAUAAGGGAACUUUGGGAUACGUCAAUAAAAUUGGCUCACUCUAUACACAUCUAUAAAAUCUAAAAUAUGAAUUUUCCUUUUUCAACUUUAUUUUUUUCCCAUUUGUACACAAGAGUGUGUCUCUCCUAAGCGGUUAUUGGGGUGUCAUGAAAUGUGUACAUAAACAUGAGUGAGUGGGUCCAUUUAAAGAUGGCUGUAAAAUAUGUCAAUGUUUGUAUCAAUAAUGCUAAUAUAACAAUAUUACAGUAGUGUUUUAAUAGCGGUAAGCAUUAAAUAAAGCCAUUUGUCUGUCAAAUGUAGAACAUUACAUGAUUGAAAGAUAAGUUAAAUCCACGGCUAGGUGUUUGUGUGUCUUUGUAUAUUUAUGUAAAUGAGCAAUACCAGAAUUUACCAAAAUGUUUUUUUUCCUCUGUAUAUUGAUAUACUGUAAAUCAAACCUCAAGAGUACCACUAGUGACAACAGUUAAUAGUAAUAAUAUAAACUACGGUAAAGAACAAAUCAAUAUUUGUAUUCAAAAACGUUGUAUUUAAAAUAUUAAAAUCUAUUUUUUACUCAAUUUGCGGAUGUUUAUUAAUAUUAUUUUUCUGGUAUUUGUGUGUGUUGAAGUCAAAUUAUUGUAAAUGUCUGUGCUCUUGUUUCUUUUUGUAAAGCUCAGUGGUUCUGUGGUAGUAACUAUUUCCACACUUUGUUCAUAUUGAAUCACUGUGAAGAGAAAGCAAACACGAAAACACCACAGGAGUAUUUUAAAAUAUUGUCCGUGUCAAUGUGUUUUUUAAUAAAUUAACACACCUCA